AUGAACGCCGCCGCGGGCAGCGCUGACCCCGAUAACGCCUUGCUGAUUUUUAGCUGCAUCCUCACAAUUCACGUCACCCGCUUCGUCUUCCUCGAUAACCCCUCGCUGCCCGAGCGCCAGCACAUCGCCAAGCAGUUACCAGUUUCUGAGCCGUUGCGCCUGGCCGUCAUCGCCGAUUGCGACGACGCCGCAGACGAACUGCUGCGCGCCCUCGUCCAGCUCGCUACCCCCGGUCUGCAGCAAGUCUUCAGCCACUGCGACUUCGACACCCACGCUGAUCUGCUCGCCUGGCUUCGCGUCUAUCACACCAUUUCCGCCGCGACUUAUACCAACUGGCCGGGCCGCAGCAUGACCCAAGUCCGCGGAGAGGCCGCUAUCCCGACCCUUUGUCACUGCCCUGCCUUUUCUUGUCCCCGUGAUGCGCUGGCGCGAAAGUCACGAUCCCCGUGCUCGCCCCCACCCCCUUGA